AUGAAUCCCGUCAAAUUGCGAUUCUACACCGAGCGAUACGAAAAAGAGAAGAAACACCUGCAACUGCAAGAAGAGUUCGUGGCGAUCGGUCGAACGCAACCUCUUACCGGCAAAUUUUACGCGAAACACGACGUCAUAUCGCCGUCGAAGGUCCGUCAGGAAUACGUCGACUUGAUCACGAGACGCGCCGGUUUUCCACCAAAGGACGUUUAUCCGUUCGACCCGCCAACGGUCAACGGCCGAUACGGCUGGUUCGUGGAUACCUCGACGUCACCGACGAACGAUCCGAGAUUGCGCUUCCCCAGAACAAAGACGGAUUUUGUCGCGAACGAACUCGAAAUUCGUUUCGUUCAGCGGGGUUUGCCUGUCGAGAAAUUUACCGGGAUACCGUUCAAAGUUUAA